AAUGCUGUCUUGUCAACCAAAGCAUAUGAUAUAAUCUUGUAUUCAUGCUUUUUUUUGUUUUUAAAUAUUCAGAUAUUAAUUUCCAGACUUUAAACUAACUCUGUAUAACACACGUGUUGAAAUCUUUACUACUUUUAUAAGUCCACGUUCAGUAUAGUAGAUUACCUGUUAAAGUAAAUAUAAACGAUUCAAUAAGUUGAAAAUGAAUUCUUAAUAACCCGUAUUAUGAUAAUGAGUUUAUCAAGGUUAUUGUUUGUGUUCUGUUCGACAAAAUUUUUACUCGGUUAUCAAUAAAAAGAUAGCAUUUAUUCAAAGACCAAUUUCACUCACUAGUUUAAGUUGUUUGUUGUUAGCGUGCUUGUGAAAAAUGUGGAAUAAAAAUUGUGUCAAGUUUUUAAGACGAAUAGGACAAUUCAGUUAUUUAAACAGAGAGAUUAGAGUGUUGAAUGGAUUAGUUAAUAAAAGAAAUCAUUUUGUUUAUGCGCCUGAUUCGACAACUUCCAUAAAAGGUGAAAAGCAAAAAAUGAACAUGUUCCAAUCAAUAAAUAAUGCGCUGGAUAUAGCUUUAAACACAGAUGAUACAGCUUUAGUUUUUGGUGAAGAUAUAGGCUUUGGAGGAGUUUUCAGAUGUACACUCGGUCUACAAGAAAAGUACGGAAAACAUAGAGUAUUUAAUACUCCUCUUUGUGAACAGGGUAUAGCAGGUUUUGGUAUAGGUGCGGCAGUUAUGGGUUCCACGGCUAUAGCAGAAAUGCAGUUCGCUGAUUAUAUAUUUCCAGCAUUUGAUCAGAUAGUUAAUGAAGCUGCCAAAUACAGAUACAGAUCAGGAGGAUUGUUCGAUUGCGGAAAACUUACCAUUCGCGCUCCUUGUGGAGCGGUAGGACAUGGAGCUUUAUACCAUUCUCAGAGCCCAGAAGCUUAUUUUGCACACACACCUGGGUUAAAGAUAGUUAUUCCAAGAGGACCAAUAAAAGCUAAAGGACUUCUUCUCAGUUGCAUAAGAGAUCCAGACCCUUGUUUGAUAUUUGAACCAAAAAUUUUGUACAGAGCUGCUGUAGAGGAUGUACCUGUAGCUGAUUAUCAAUUACCGAUAGGGAAAGCAGAUAUUAUAUUAGAAGGAAACGAUGUUACUCUCAUUGGAUGGGGAACACAAGUUCAUGUUCUAAGAGAAGUGGCUGAAAUGGCAAAAAAACAGCUGAAGGUUUCUUGUGAGGUUAUUGAUCUAGUCUCCAUUUUGCCGUGGGAUAUGGAAACCGUAUUUAAGUCUGUAAAAAAAACCAAACGAGUUCUGGUAUCUCAUGAAGCGCCUCUAACAGGAGGAUUUGGAGCCGAAUUAGCAGCAGCAAUUCAGGAGGAGUGUUUCUUGCAUCUUGAAGCACCUAUACAACGAGUUACGGGUUACGAUACGCCGUUCCCACACGUUUUUGAACCCUUUUAUAUACCAGACAAAUGGAGAUGUUUUGACUGUGUUAAGAAACUGAUAAAUUAUUGAAAUAAAUAUUUAUAAAUAGAAUAUACUUUAAACUUUAA